AUGCCACGUAAGCUACGUAAGAAUAUACGUAAGAGGAAGGGAGCAUUGAAACAUCCAAUAGUAAAACUGACACCACAACAACAGUUGCAACAACAAAUGAUGAAUGACCCCACUAUGUUGCAACAAAUGUCAAGCAACCCUAUGCUUUUAAACCGAGUUAUUGGUGCACAGAGUGGAGGUUUAAGAGCGGCACUUUUAGCGAAAAUGGCAGGCUAUGGUGGAGCUGCAGACGGAACAGCUUAUAACCCUCAAAGUCAAAUGAAUUUGAGUUCACUCAAAAAUCAAAUAACAGAUGUCAAAAAGUCAAACAUAGACAUACAGAAACAAAUAAGUGAAAACGAAAAGAAACUAGAAUAUGACAGACACACAAAGAAACUCAAUGAGUUAAACGUAGAGAAAAAGAAGAAAGAAGAACAACUGAAAGAACUAAGUACAGAGGAAUAUGCGAAAAAAGUGUCAGAAAAAGCAGCAGAAGUAGCAAAAAUGGAACAAGAUGUUAUAAAUUUGAAAAACCAUACUACUCAAUAUAAAGUACUGAAAGAUGAAGAAAUAAAACAAAAAGCCCUGAAGACAUAUAUGGAUAG